AUGUCGACCUUCGAGCCAGUCAUCACGAUCGAUGCCAAGGGUCACCUUCUUGGUCGACUUGCAAGUACUGUUGCAAAGCAGUUGCUUAACGGCCAGAAGAUCGUCGUUGUACGAUGUGAAGCCUUGAACAUCUCCGGAGAAUUUUUCCGUGCGAAGCUCAAGUACCACGCCUACCUCCGAAAGAUGACCAGAUACAACCCAACCCGUGGAGGUCCUUUCCAUUUCCGUGCCCCAUCCAGAAUCUUCUACAAGACCGUCCGUGGUAUGAUUCCUCACAAGACUGCCCGUGGUGCCGCCGCCAUGGAGAGACUUAAGGUUUUCGAGGGUGUCCCACCACCAUACGACAAAGUUAAGCGCGUUGUCGUUCCUCAAGCUUUGAGAGUGUUGAGAUUGAAGCCUGGACGCAAAUACUGCACUGUUGGCAGAUUGAGCCACGAGGUCGGAUGGAAAUACCAAGAUGUUGUUGCGAGACUUGAGGAGAGAAGAAAGGUUAAGAGUGCCGCAUACUACGAACGCAAGAAGGCAGUACGCAAGCAGCUCUCAGUAGCCCAGAAGUCCGCCAAGAUCGAUGAUAAGACCAAGACUGAGUUGGCUGCUCUCGGCUAUUAA